AUGGAAUUUGAAGGAUAUGAUGCACUGGUAGAGAAUAAUUGGAAUGUCCCAAUCACAGGAAAUCCAAUGUUUAUCUUGUGGAAUAAGUUUAUGCGAUUACAACCGGCUCUGUGUAAUUUCAGUAAACCAGCCCGGCAUAAUGACCAGCAGCUUAUUCAAGCCAGAAAUCGAUUAAACACGGCGCAAACCUCCCUUGAAGCCAACCUAAUGAAUGCUACGAUAUUAACUCGAAUUAAGGAGCAGAAAGUAGAGAUUAUAAAAUUGAAAGAACUAGAGGAAAAUAUACUGAGACAGAAAUCAAAACUUGAUUGGAUAAAGUGGGGUGAUGGCAACAACUCGUAUUUCCACGCAUCCGUAAAGGCCAAAAAUAAUUCUAAGAAUAUGUCACAUCUCACCAAAGAAGAUGGCACUAUACUGACAGUGCAGACUGAUAUUGAAGAUGAAGUUUUGGAUUAUUAUAAGAACUUGUUAGGCACUGCUGAUAGCGCAGUUCGUCACAUUGAUGUCACCACCAUGAGAGAUGGACCAUAG